AUGGCAACCCGGUUCGAAUCUUUUCGCAAUCGCGUGUCAUCCGUUUUUGCUGGAAAGCCAGCGUCUACAAGGCAAGAUGGGGACCAGUUAUCCGUGAAUUCGCGAGGCCGCAGAUUAGGAUUUCGCUUAUUCCCCCCAAAACGCUCGGAGGGAAGCCAAUUGCCUUCACACACCGACCAUGGGCCAUCACCACCAGCAGAAGCUAUCGACGCCUACAUAAUAUCUUCAACGAACACAACUCCAACGAGUCAGGGAAGUGGAGAAGCACAGGAGCCACUUCCCCAAAAUUCACCGUCCAGCCAUGGAGACUCGUCUAUGCCAUCCAAUGGUAGAUGGCGAUAUCCUAUUGCAUGGGUGAGGCCAUCCCGCAAGACGAGACGGAAUACCGUAAGAAGCCGAUUUAGAUUGGGCCCGGGGUUUAAAACGAGGGAAGCGAAGAGAAAAAUGAUCAGUUGCGGUAUAUCCGGCUCAAUUCUUGCAAUCGUGCUAGCAGUAUACAUGACGCUUGCAUUGACGACAUCGAUAAAAGGACGCGAAUUUCACAUAUUUCUUAUUCUCAUUUUGAUGAUUCUUACGAUAUACUUUUGCCACUCUUUCGUGCGCCUUUUCAUGGUUGCUUCCAAUUGUCCUUCGGAUGAGGGACCUUACGACGGUCGGCGAGUAAGAUUUGCGGAGAUAGACCGGCCGAUUCAUGUAAGAUUUGCCAGGGACGAAGAAAUCGCCGCCAGCGACACGGAAGAUGAUGGCCAGAAUUCCCCAAUUGCUUCCCCGCCUCCUGCAUACGGUCUGUGGAGAGGCAGUAUGAGAAUAAACCCCAACUUGAUCUACUGGCAACGAGUGGAGGAAAGUGGUUCCGAAGGACAGAGUUCCUCUCAGACUGCAGAGCCACGGCCUUCAACAGCGAAUCGGCCACCCAGUUAUGUCUCCGAAGAUGGAGUUCGGUAUGUUGUUGAUGUACAACCGCGGUCGUUACAACAACCAUCCUGCAUACAACCGACGGAGCCAUCCCCGAUACAUCCCGCCGAGCGGAAUUAUGCUUAAAGAACCUAAGGACUUCCAAUCAUUGAAUCCCCCUCCCUUUUUUUUUUUUUUUUUUAAUAUUUUAACCCCGUCAUCAGGGACCGGCUGGUCUGAACUGAAGCUUUUUGUCCCCUUUUUUCUUUUUGAACUUCAGGCGAACAGGGAGCGAGUCUUCCUUUGAUUUGACGGAGCUUGGUCUGGGAUUACCUUUGUUCCUUUAUAUUGUCCUAUAUUCUAUUUUUAAAAUAUAGACUGCAUCGAAUCAUGCAGGUCAUUAUGUACAUAUAUCCCACGGAAUUGUUGGCGCCGUUGACGCGAAAA